GCUGUGAUUUGGGAAUUUGGUUCUGCCAUCUCCUUGCGACUUGGGCUCAUCGACAACCCUCUUCGCUCGAUAUCCUUUGUUUGCAUUUUCUCUCUCAAUCUCUCCUCAAUCACAGGCUGAGGUCGCUACUAUUGGCGGCCCAGUUGUGCAAACCUGUCUGCUCAAGUAAAAUCAGCCAGCCCGCUUGCCCACCCAGGCCAAUCUGCAAGCCUCAAUUACUCCUCCCGGAGGGACUCUCUUCUCAUCCUCAUGAGCAUCUCUUUUGGCGGCCUGGGCAUUAUUUCGCUUCGCAGACCAUUUGCGGAGUUGGUUGGCACCAUCCUGGGCAAAGGCGACAUCCAAUCUAUAUUCUGUCUUGUCGUCUUCUGUAUCAUCUUUCUUGUUUUGGCCUACCUCACGAAUCCCUCCGAAACAUCAUUUCGAGCUUACCUCACCGAGCUGUCUUUCCGACAACAUCUAAGUCGUCUCGACAAUAUCGACGAUGACACUGAUGUCCAUCAGGACGAUAAUUCAGAUCAUAUCUCUUUUAGACACGGUACCGCCAAAGCUCAUCCCACUCUCCCUUUUGAAAGUCGUUCUCCUUUUCAUUUUGCCAACCGCGCAUCGGUAUCUCUCCGAACACCGAAGCACGUUUUCCACAGUUUUGGGAUUUUUACGAUUGCUGCGAUUCUUCCUGCCGCCAAAUCCGAUCGCUCUGUGAAUGAUCAUCGUGAUACGUCGAUGAUAUCAGAUUCGUGGUUUGUCGGUGCUUUUGGAAAAUGGUGGCGGGGCGGUGUGUUGGAAGCUUGGUAUCAGGAUGUGAUCGCUCGCUCAGGAAAUGUCGAAGAAAGUUGGAGCUCUGGGAUUAUGGGUAUGAAGACCUUGGAUAGACUCAAUGAUUGUAGUGCCCUUCCCGGACUACCGAUAUCUACCAAAAAUCUCCCUCCAAAUGGCCCUUGUCGGGGCUCACCUCCCCGUCUGCGGAACCGUGAUAAAUCGUCUCAGCGCACUGGUCUGCUACACUCACGCAGUUCAACGCCCCCUCCUCUUCCUAAGGCUGCGUCUCUGCCUCUUCACACGCCUCGGACCCAAGCACACACUGACCGUGGCACUCCGCAAACCGUUUCCCCUUCCGCUCCCGCGCAGCCCGUUGUUUCCAAUAUCGAGGAACAACAUAGUGUCGCUUCAGGCGUAGGACCUCAACCAACCUCAUUCGAUCAAUCGCCUCGUGUGAUAGAAUUGCUGCAUCAGAUUUCACUUUCGAACAGUUCCAUAUUGGAUUUACGCGCCCAACUAGCAGAUUAUCAGGCUGUUGCAAGCCAGUCGCGUGCUCAACUUCAACAGGAACUUGAUAGCUGUAGGGAUAGGAAGAAACAGGAGGAUACCGCCAGGAAUGACCUGAAGUCACGUACAAAAGCCUUGGAUGACUCCAAACGCGCCGCUGAAAGUUUAAAGCGGGAUGCAGAAAAGAAGCUUCGGGCCGCCGAGACUGCUCGUGAGGACGCUUUGCGACGUAUGCUGUAUCUGGACAAAGAGAUAGCUACCCUCCAGCAGCGUCUUCUCGAUGAUGAGGAUUCCCUUAAAACUUGUCGAGACAUAAUUACCGAGGAGGAGCAAGACGUCACCGAAGCGAUAGCCCGAAAAGGGCGUGAAAUUAAGGUCGCAGAGGACAACAUUGCGGCUCUGAACAGUCAUGCACGAGAUCUCGAAGAUACGUUGAACCAAAGGACGGUGCGCUUGCGGCUAAUGCGAGAACAAGCCGAAUUACGAAGACGAGACUCGUUAUUGACCGACCACGUCCUCAAUAGCAGCGAUUCCGGAACAUGGCCUUCGAGUGGAAUACAUUGUUCUCCAAGCGUUUCUUCUCGCUCACGUCUAGACCACGUAGACAGCACGCAUGUAAAUUUUCCAUCCGACGGCAGUGACGUCCUUGAGCGAACACGACGCUUAUCGGAUCCACGAGAUUGCCAGACGCCCGGUCGUCCUUUGAAGUUACUUCUCGGAGGGAUGUCCAACUUCAGCGGCGAAACGCUUCCGACUCAACGUGGCCCCAGCUACUUUGACCAUCCCCUGGUACCGUUCGGUACUCGACCUCCUCAGAUUGGCUCUUUUUCACCAUUUGCAGAAAUUGACCGCCCUCCCCCGACCCCUGCUGUAGUUCUCUCACCGUCAACUAGUCCGGCAUUUAUCUCCAGUGCCGUCGACAAUAUUGAUGGCAGUUCACGCUCUUUCCGUUCCGAGAAUGACGCAUUUUUGGAAAGGGAUUGGAGAGACAAGGGUUCCACCGAAAGCCCAAGCCACCAGCCGGAAAAUGUCGCCAAAGUUCCCGUAUGCAUAUCACCUAUUGCUGAUGAGCCUGACCACGAUCCGUUCGAAGUACGUGUAUAUACGCCUUCAGAACGCGAUCAUCUUGCAGCAGUGAGGAACAAGGAUAGUCUCAUUCAACGUCACAAUUCGGACCCUAGCCCUCCUGGAUAUGAAGUGGAAUCCGUUUUAGAGGAGAGAUCUAGUCCGAAACGAUGGUUCUCCAUGAAAGAGAAGCCGAAGAAGGGAUUAAAUCCUGACGCAAAGGUUUUCGACAUGUUCCGAAAGUCACAGCCCGUUGUACCUUUGACUACCACUCCUGCUGUUUAUGAUGCGUUAAAUCCCACUGGCCUUGGUUUUAAGCUCAUCUCGUCCACCACCUCUGACAGCAGCACCCUUCUUCGUGCCUUUGCGCCUUCGCCUGCAGAGCGUGAGGCUCUCCACCGUGCGCUCGGAGGAUCGACGAAUGCGAGCUUGGAACGGCUUCCGAGCUUGAGCGAUGUUGGGGGUAGCAUUCCUCCUUCCCCGAACCAUAUCCAUACUCAAGCUGUUCCUACUCAGCGGGAUUUGAGCAAAAUUCCGUCCUGGCUCCAGUCGUUGCCUCGCAUCCGCAAGCCGAACUUCAGUCCCUGGGACGAUGAGGAGCCAGCUGUCGCAGCUUUGUCUAAUGGUAAUGGCAGACACUGAUGAUCUAGGAGAUAGGUUUUACUUUCUUGAAGUGUACAGGGUUGUGAAUUCAUGAUCAAGGACUAAUACAACAGAGGUUGUCUUGUAACACAAUAGGGUGAAAUGAGUAAGAUGGUAGUGGUGGUUCGAUGACUCUGUGAUCAGUCCUUGUUAAAUAACUUCCUGUGUUGCAAUACAGAUAUUAUCUAUUCUGAGUUGACGU